CUACGUACCUCAAAAGUCAGACUUUCUUCUGCUCUUUUUAAAAUAAAUAAAUAAAUUAUAUUUUAAACCCUAAAAUAAAUCUAGCUUUACCUAUUAUAAAUAUGUUCACUCUUCCAUUUGGUAUCUCCUUUGUUGCUACUACACUUUCUCUCAUUAAACCGCCACCCUAAAUUUCUCCAUAAUUUUGCCCUUUUCAACUUAUGUUCAAUCUUUUCUGACAUUUUUUCAUAACAUGUUCAUGUGCAUUCAAGAUCCAAACAUAACCAUUUGUCCCUCCUUUGUCUUUACAUAAUUUUUUUUUUUUUAAAAAAAAAAAAAUACUAUCUCAUGGAUCUGGUGAGACUAAAAUACUUUGAAUCUUUUUCACACAUGAAAGGUCAUCCAAUUAGUCCUCCCACUUCUUCUUCAGUCUUUGGUUCACCUUUACAUUCUUCUUCUCAUCAUGCUGGCUUUCCUAUUAUAGCAGUUGCCAUUAUUGGAAUUUUGGCAACUGGGAUAUUGCUAGUUAGCUACUACAUUUUUGUGAUCAAAUGUUGCUUGAAUUGGCAUAGGAUUGAUCUCCUUAGGCGAUUUUCAUUCUCUAGAAAUGGACGUGUUGAAGACCCUUUAAUGGUUUACUCACCAGCAGUAGAAAACCGGGGAUUAGACGAAUCUGUGAUUCGUUCAAUCCCCGUUUUUAAGUACAAGAAAAGGGAAGAAAAAGAUGUUGCAUUAGGGGGAAAUGGGACAAUUCCUAUUGAAUGUGCUGUUUGUUUGAAUGAGUUUCAAGAAAAUGAGAAGCUAAGAGUUAUACCAAAUUGUGGACAUAUUUUCCACAUUGAUUGUAUUGAUGUUUGGCUUCAAAACAAUGCAAAUUGCCCACUUUGUAGGAAUAGUAUUUCAUCAUCAACAACUACUAACACAAAGUUGUUAUUCCCUUUGGAUCCAAUCAUUGCUCCAAGUUCCACUCCUCAUCAAGAGCCAAAUCUUGAAAAUUUCAGAGAUGAAGAUUAUGUUGUGAUAGAAUUAGCAAACACUAAUCCAACCCCUACAAAUAAUAUAUCAUCAGUUAGAACUAGAAGUACUCAAGAAAGGUUGAAUUCAGGUGAAAUUACAGGGCAUUUUUCGGUUAGUCCUUCACCAAGAAAACAAAAGGUUCCAUCAAGAAAAGGUAAAAAGUUGAGCCAUAUUACAAGUAUGGGAGAUGAGUGCAUUAACAUGAGGAAAAAAGAUGAUGAAUUUGCAAUUCAGCCUAUAAGAAGAUCAUUUUCAAUGGAUUCAGCAACGGAUCGACAACUUUACGUAGCAGUUCAAGACAUUAUUUUACAGCAACAAAGGCAAGUUACUGAUGUUAGUCCAUCAGAAAGUAGCAGUAGCAGAGUAAAAAGAUCAUUUUUUUCAUUUGGACAUGGAAGGGGAUCAAAAAAUGUAAUUCUACCAAUUCAUUUAGAGCCAUAAUGGGAAAAAGAAACAAUUUUUAUUGUAAUUUGUUUGUGUAUUCUAUAGUAGAAAGAUAGUUGUGGAUAUUAAAGUAGUUUACUGGAAGUUCAACUUUCUGGUUUUCUAUUUUUUUUUUUUUUUUUUUUUUUCAUGUAGUGUAUAACAUCAGUAAGGCAGACCACUGAUGCAUUAAGACUCAUUGGUAUGAUUGUAGGCAUCAUUACUUAUAAUAACCAUUCUUCUUUUUGCC